AUGUCUCCUGUUCAAUGCCGGCCCUUCAACGACCUCCUUGCCACCCGCAAUGCUGCAGCAUCAAUGCUCUCCUUCGACAAGAGUCUUAGGCCCGUAUUGGGACUGAUCAUUCAAGCCAGGUUUGUUACGACAAGAGACUUACUCAGCAACUAUUGCGUGCCAAAUACCUUUAUGGCUGCGUAUACCCUGUGGUCCAUGCGGGUACAUGAAAGAGACAAGCUGGACGGUCUGGUUACAGAGUCUGAAUUUGCCCAACUAUUCAAGUGUCGGAUCUGCCACGAGUCCUGGACUUCCAUGGAUCUUCUUCAAUGUGGUGUCCACACUGUGGAAGCUCUAUUGGCCUACAGUGAUGGAGGCGACAUCUGGCAUAGUUAUCACCACUUGGCAUGUCAGCCCACUCUUACGAGAGCUCUGCCAACUAUCAACCACGAAACCCCAAGUAUCCUGGAGGGUUGGAAGGCCGGACUCCCGCAUUUCACUAGAAACUAUUCCCAUUGUCGGAUUAUGGACGACAUGGCCCUGCAGCGAGAAUGGUACAAUAGGAUAGACAGUGGUGGCGGUCUUGUGUAG